AUCACAAAUUGCUUUCUGAUCAUCGUCCAAGUGAAAGCACUAAACUCUAGGCAAUGGACUGGUAGUUCCGGAGUUCAUAAUAAAACCCAAAUUUCACGUGAAAACCCUAGAAAUAACUCUGUAAAUUAUCUACGCAAUCCAAAUUAAUCAAAAACAUUUACAACAAUUAUCAGAAAUGUUGAUGGGUCACACGGACGUUCUAUCUGAACUUAGAUCAUCAAAAGAUCAGCUACUUGCUGAUCCUGACUUGGAGUUAGAAGACGAUGAAGAAGCGGCUUAUUCUGAACAGAUAGUGUAUGCAGCCUCGUUUGAAGAGCUUGCCAAAAAUCACAUUAAGUAUGAUACCAUUAUUUGGGUUUCCAUAUCUCUUUUACUGGUUUUAGCAUGGGGAGUUGGCAUUUUUAUGUUGAUUUAUCUGCCCAUUCGAAUAUAUGUUCUUCAAAAGGAUAUUUACUCUCGCAAACUGUAUGUUACACCAAGCGAAAUAGUUUAUAAGGUUUCCAGGCCUUCAUUCAUACCCUUCUGGGGCCUAACAACAAUUGAGAAGCAUGUACCUCUUUCCCUUGUGAUCGAUGUCAUUAUUGAACAAGGUAAUGAUGCAACUUCUCAUAUGCUUUAGCAUGAAUUGUUUCUUGAGGGUUGUAUGCCUUUAUUAUUCUAUGUCCUCACAUUGAAUUGAAAAUGCAAAUAUAUUUCUACUAAAUUCAUUAUUGCAAAAUUACUUAAAACUAUUAUGCAAAACACACCCAUUUUUCAAACAACGUCCAGAAUAUGGUUAGAAGACAUGAUUGUAUUAUUAUCUCUUUAUUGUUAUUCAAGAGUCAAACAAGAUUGGCAAGCCAAGUUAUUUUUUAUUCUUCGACACAUUAAGUUAUUUUGGUAAUUUAGUUGGCAUGAUCUCUGUUUUUGCUUCUUGAUUGGUUGACUAAUAUGAUUUUGAUUCAGCAUUUAUUCUUCGACACAUUGAGUUAUUUUGGUAAUUUAGUUGGCAUGAUCUCUGUUUUUGUUUCUUGAUUGAUUGACUAAUAUGAUUUUGAUUCAGCAUUUUUUGUUAUGAAAAGUACAUUGUCUAGAACGCUUCAUUUAGAUAGGCUAAUUGCUAUUCUGUUUUCUAAUGUUUAUAGGCUGCUUACAGUCGGUUUAUGGAAUCCAUACCUUUAGAGUAGAAAGUAUAGCACAUGGAAAAGCGGCACCUGUUGAUGAACUACAGGUACAAGGCAUUGCCAACCCAAGUCUCCUGAAGAAGGUCAUUGUAACAGAAGCAGCCAAAGUUAUACAAGAGGUUGGUAAAAACUGGAAAGUUAACACUCUUAUCGGUGAAGGGGACAAUGUGUCUAGAAUGUCUUCAUUGACAGAGGGACCUGCUGCUUGGAAAUCACCUUCCAAAAGUUGGAAGACAACGAGUUCGCCCUACCAAAGUUCAGUGGAGCGCAGAGGGAUUGUACCCGGAGACUUGCUCCUGCAAAAACUUGAUGAAGUCAAUAAAUCAGUAAAGAAAAUUGAGUUCCUCGUUGAAAAGUCUCGAGAUUCACCUGAAGGUAGCUGAAAUACAGAACUCUUUUUGGUAGUUAAAAGAUGUAUGAUAUAGAGAUGCCAUGUAACCUUUUUAGUUUUACAACACUUUGAUUUUUGCUUAUCUUUGUAAUUUUUACAAUUUCUUUAAUAGCUCUCAAUCUUUUCAGAUCAUUUUUUUCUCCUAUCGCAAUAGAAAAGGACUUUAAUUCACCAGCUGUCAGUGGAAUAAUAUUUGUUAAGGUUCAAUGACAUUCUGUCAUGAGAAACUUCGAUUUCU